CAAUCAUUUUAAUAAUUAUAUUUUUUAUGCAUUGUACAACGACUUUUGCCCAUCGUUGACUGAUUAGAGCUUCAUUAAAGAUAAAAUAGCCUCUAGGGCUCCGCCUGUCUUUCUCCUUCAUCUCUUUGAUGGCUACGAUCUCCUCUGCCGGUUCUGACUCGGCCUUGGGUAGACUUCAAACCAACCAGCAGAACAACGGCCAACUCCAGCACACUACUAGUAGCCAUAACGGGAAUCAAUUAAGCUCCUCCACGUCUUCAUUGGCGUCUCCUGAAGCCGAAUCUGCUGGAAUUACUUAUCGUACCGAGAACAAACAGCCGAGAGUAACUGUUAGAGAAACAAAGUCACUCGAUUAUGUCGCACGGACAAUGCUUGCAGGAGGAAUCGCUGGUACAGCCGCCAAAACAGCUAUUGCUCCUCUAGAUCGAGUCAAAAUCUUAUUCCAAGCAAGCAACCCUCAAUUUGAAAAAUAUGCAGGGACUUGGACGGGUGUAUUCAAAGCCGCAAGGGAUAUUCAGAGGUCAGGAGGUGUUCGCGGAUUAUUCCAGGGUAAUUUGGCAACUGUCUUCAGGAUCUUUCCCUAUGCCGCGAUCAAGUUUAUGGCGUAUGAGCAAUACCGCAGUCUUCUAAUGCCAACAAGAAGGGAUGAAACGCCUUACAAGAAAUUGCUGGCGGGAUCUUUGGCUGGUGUCACAUCUGUAUUUUUCACAUAUCCAUUAGAUUUGAUCAGAGUACGCCUUGCAUAUGAAACUAAGGCUACACCCUACACAGCACUUGUGAACAAGAUUUAUAAUGAGCCUGCUGGACGCCACCGCUCAGCUCAUAUGAGAUGGUUACCAGCGCUGAAAGUCUCAAACUUCUACCGGGGGUUUCUCUGUACUGUAGCAGGGAUGAUCCCAUACGCAGGAGUAUCUUUCUUUACACACGAUGUGGCUCAAGAGUUUUGUCGUGAAUACUUGCCCUGGACACUCAAACCAACACAGAACCGGGGCUUGCCCGACAAGAAUGGCGACUAUGCACGCCCUGAACUACGGACUAUAGCUGAGCUUGCGUGCGGAGGUCUUGCAGGGGCGAUUUCACAGACGGCGUCAUAUCCAUUAGAAGUAGUCAGACGUAAGAUGCAGGUUGCGGGAGCACUGGAUCCCAAAGAAUUUAUAGGCAUGUGGGAGACAGCGAAACGAUUGUAUAUAGCUAAAGGAGUGCGUGGAUUCUUCGUGGGACUAAGUAUUGGAUAUCUCAAGGUUACACCAAUGGUUGCGAUCUCGUUCACAGUGUACGAGAGGAUGAAGAAGGUGCUGGAGAUCAAUUAGGCAUUUUUGUACAUUGUUG